AUGUGGAAUUGGUUGCUAGACUUCCUCAUCCACUGGAAAUUCUGCGUCCGUGUUGGCAAAUUGCUCUCUGCGUGGUAUUCCGCUCCCAGUGAGGUCCCCGAAGGCUCGGUUCUUGGUCCAGUGCUCUUUGUGGUAUAUGUGAAUGACCUGCUUGGUCAACUGCGUAGCCCAUCCCUCAUGUAUGCAGAUGACACCAAAAUCUGGCGUACAACCGAGGAUCCGAAUAAUCGAGGGGCUCAAGCGGAUUUGAACAAUCUGGCUCAGUGGGCGGACACCUGGGCUCUUCCAGUCAACACAGCAAAGUGUGCUCACCUGCGUUUGGGGCGUGCUGACUCAGAGAAGUUUGUAAACUUCGAAUCGAUCACGGAGCGUGUUUGGCCUUCCAGCAUCGAUGGGGCUGGGAAGAUCGUCGUAGACAAUACAUCCGGAUCCGAUACGGUGGAUGCCGAAUGGAAACCGGAAUCGUUUUACAAGCAAACUGGGAUGUGUGAACUGGUCUGUCGGUAUCGCGUUCCCCUACAAAGAGCAUGA